AUGGCUGGCGACAAAUACUCCGUUAUUCUACCAACAUACAACGAAAAGGAGAACCUUCCUAUUAUCACCUAUCUUAUUGCCAAGACCUUCACGGAAAACAAGCUCGAUUGGGAAGUUGUUAUAGUGGACGAUGCUUCUCCAGAUGGAACCCAGGAGGUUGCUAAACAACUCAUUAGUGUUUAUGGCCCUGAGCACAUUCAAUUGAGACCACGUGCAGGCAAGUUGGGUCUUGGUACCGCAUACAUGCACGGUUUGAAGUUUGUCACCGGUAACUUUGUCAUUAUUAUGGAUGCCGAUUUUUCUCAUCAUCCGGAAGCAAUCCCCGAAUUCAUUAAAAAGCAGAAAGAAGGCAACUACGACAUUGUUACGGGUACCAGAUACGCAGGUGACGGUGGUGUAUACGGCUGGGAUUUGAAGAGAAAACUUAUCUCCAGAGGAGCAAACUUUUUGGCCACUGUUGUUUUGAGACCUAACGUUUCGGACCUCACAGGUUCAUUCAGAUUAUACAAGAAAGAUGUGUUAGCAAAGAUCAUUGAAGCAACCAAGUCCAAGGGUUACGUUUUCCAAAUGGAAAUGAUGGUCAGAGCAAGAGCUUUAGGAUUUACCAUUGCUGAGGUGCCAAUCUCCUUUGUUGACAGAAUAUACGGUGAUUCCAAGUUAGGUGGAGAUGAGAUUGUUGGUUACCUCAAAGGUGUCUGGACGUUAUUCACCACCGUUUAA